AAACUUUCUCAUCCUUUACUUUGCAUGGACGGUAACAGUGAACAUAUAUAUAACAUUACCAACAAAAGAGAAUUGCUUUAUUCUACCAAAGAAGGUCAUGCUUUUCUGCUAAUCUUGGUUCGUAGAUACCUUUAUCUUGUCUUCUAAUAUGAUGAUUUCUUGAGAAAAUUUAAUAUUUACAGAAAAAAUAAAAAAAAAAACCAGACGGAGAAUAUGUCUCAAGACCGACGUAGGGCAAGGGUCCAUGGCACCUAUGGUUUGGCCCCAGGGAGGCAUUACAAGCUUUACUGGUGCUACCAGUGUCAUCAACCUGUCAGGAUUGCCUCAACAAAUCCUUCGGAGAUCGUAUGCCCUCGAUGUUUCGGGCAGUUUGUUUGCGAGAUGGAAAUCAGCAGGCCUAGAAUGGUUGUUGAUUUCACCGCUUUCGGUCCUUCCCAUGAAGCUCGUCUGUUCGAAGCACUCUCUCUUAUCAUGGAUCCUCCAAUUCGGAUAUUCAAUCAUGGUCGUUUUGUUAAUCAAGAGCCUUUAGGCUGGCCUUUGCUUGGGCGCCGAAAUUUAGGUUGGCCUUUGCUUGGGCGCCGAAACAAUUUACUGGAUGCUGAAUCCGUAAACAACCCCCCUGAGCAUCUUCGAAGGCGUAGGAGCCGUAGUUAUGAUGGAAAUGAAAACCGAGAACAAGAACCUGAAGCUGUACAUCGUCCUAGGACUUGGAUUGUCACUAGGCAUGUUGGUCCUCCAAGUCCAGGCACAGCUGAAUCAAGUUUGCAACGUGCAAACCCUGCACACCCUAGUCUUGAUCCGAGAAACUUUUUCGGACCAGGAGUGGACAAUUUGAUUGAUCAGAUAACACAAAAUGAUCGUCGUGGAGUACCUCGAGCUCCGGAGUCAACAAUCGAUGCGAUUCCAGCUGUGAAGAUCACCGAAAUACAUCUGAGGAACAAUUCGGAAUGUCUGGUUUGUAAGGAGGAAUUCGUUGUCGGGGGUGAAGCAAAGGAGCUGCCUUGUAAACAUAUAUACCACAACGACUGCAUUGUUCCUUGGUUAAGGCUUCACAAUUCUUGCCCUGUUUGUCGCCAAGAGUUGUCAGUUAGCAGUGAUGAGGAAUCUAGAAAUGGUAAUUCCUCCGAACCCGAGGCUUCUCCCGGAGAUCGGGGACAUCGCAGGCAUCAGAGUUCUGGUAAUGAAAAUUGAUUUUCAGUAAUUACAUUCUACGCUUUCUAUGUGACAAUGUGAUUUAUCUAUUGUAUUUUAUAUUUGAACCGUUGAUAAUGAAAU